AUGGCGACCGUUAGCGACGCAAAAGCCUUUCGCGAACGCCUCAAACUGGAGAUGCCUCGCUACAACUCGCCCGGCAAGGGCCGCUGCCCUCCCAUUGGUGUUCAGCAUCUUUCUUCGCACAUUCACGCCCAAGUCUUUCCCGGCGCAAAAACCGAACCACCACCCGAACUGGUCGCUCUUUCCGAGGACCACCUCAAACGCCAUGAUUUACUCGGCAAGAACCAGGACCAGACCCCUCCCGUGGGGUUUGACAUGCCCGACCUGCAAGGCGCCACCCUAGACGAGCAUUUCUACAAACUCGGCAUGGACACGGCCGAGCCUUUCCUAAGCAUGGCGAAGACGCUGAGAUGGGCCAAUCCUCCCCCAAGACCGACCAAGUGGGUGCGACAGAGCGGGUGGACCAAGUACCACAGCGACGGAAAAACCGAAAAAGUUGACGUGCCGGACGAGACAAUGCUGGUCUUUGAUUGCGAAGUCAUGUACAAGGAGACGCCAUUUGCUUGCAUGGCAUGUGCAGCCAGUCCGACUGCAUGGUAUGCCUGGAUAUCGCCCUGGUUGUUGGAGGAAUCCGAGUCGGAUCGCCACUUGAUUCCACUCGGAGAUACAUCCAUACCCCGUAUCAUUGUCGGGCACAAUGUAGGCUACGAUAGAGGGCGAGUAGCAGAAGAAUACCAGAUUACGCAAUCAAAGAACUGCUUCAUCGAUACCAUGUCCCUACAUGUCGCUUCCAACGGCAUGUGCUCGCGCCAACGCCCUUCAUGGAUGAAGAACAGGAAGACUCGGGAACAACAGGAAAUGGCGGUUGACGACGACCAGAAUGCAAGUAUAGGAUUGGACAUGAGCGCCGCAGAGGAGGAGCUGUGGAUGGGAAGAAGCGCCAUCAACUCACUACGAGAUGUAGCAAAGUUCCAUUGCAACAUUAACCUUGACAAGGCCCAGAGAGAGUAUUUUGGUGAACUUGACCGUGCAGGUGUGCGGGAGAAGCUGGACGAGCUGCUGGACUACUGCGCCAAGGACGUCGAGAUUACACAUCAGGUCUACCAAAAGGUCUUUCCACUGUUUCUUGAAACAUGUCCACAUCCUGUCAGCUUUGCUGCUCUGCGUUUCUUGGCUUCCGUAAUUCUGCCAAUCAAUGAGACUUGGGACGUCUACCUCAAGAAUGCUGAAGGGACAUACCGCCACCUGGACGACGCUGUACGCGCACGGCUAGUUGCUCUUACCGAAAAGGCGCUCGAGGUCAAGGAACAGCCCGAAGUGUACAACAACGAUCCGUGGCUAAGCCAGCUCGAUUGUCCCAUUGGUGUUCAGCAUCUUUCUUCGCACAUUCACGCCCAAGUCUUUCCCGGCGCAAAAACCGAACCACCACCCGAACUGGUCGCUCUUUCCGAGGACCACCUCAAACGCCAUGAUUUACUCGGCAAGAACCAGGACCAGACCCCUCCCGUGGGGUUUGACAUGCCCGACCUGCAAGGCGCCACCCUAGACGAGCAUUUCUACAAACUCGGCAUGGACACGGCCGAGCCUUUCCUAAGCAUGGCGAAGACGCUGAGAUGGGCCAAUCCUCCCCCAAGACCGACCAAGUGGGUGCGACAGAGCGGGUGGACCAAGUACCACAGCGACGGAAAAACCGAAAAAGUUGACGUGCCGGACGAGACAAUGCUGGUCUUUGAUUGCGAAGUCAUGUACAAGGAGACGCCAUUUGCUUGCAUGGCAUGUGCAGCCAGUCCGACUGCAUGGUAUGCCUGGAUAUCGCCCUGGUUGUUGGAGGAAUCCGAGUCGGAUCGCCACUUGAUUCCACUCGGAGAUACAUCCAUACCCCGUAUCAUUGUCGGGCACAAUGUAGGCUACGAUAGAGGGCGAGUAGCAGAAGAAUACCAGAUUACGCAAUCAAAGAACUGCUUCAUCGAUACCAUGUCCCUACAUGUCGCUUCCAACGGCAUGUGCUCGCGCCAACGCCCUUCAUGGAUGAAGAACAGGAAGACUCGGGAACAACAGGAAAUGGCGGUUGACGACGACCAGAAUGCAAGUAUAGGAUUGGACAUGAGCGCCGCAGAGGAGGAGCUGUGGAUGGGAAGAAGCGCCAUCAACUCACUACGAGAUGUAGCAAAGUUCCAUUGCAACAUUAACCUUGACAAGGCCCAGAGAGAGUAUUUUGGUGAACUUGACCGUGCAGGUGUGCGGGAGAAGCUGGACGAGCUGCUGGACUACUGCGCCAAGGACGUCGAGAUUACACAUCAGGUCUACCAAAAGGUCUUUCCACUGUUUCUUGAAACAUGUCCACAUCCUGUCAGCUUUGCUGCUCUGCGUUUCUUGGCUUCCGUAAUUCUGCCAAUCAAUGAGACUUGGGACGUCUACCUCAAGAAUGCUGAAGGGACAUACCGCCACCUGGACGACGCUGUACGCGCACGGCUAGUUGCUCUUACCGAAAAGGCGCUCGAGGUCAAGGAACAGCCCGAAGUGUACAACAACGAUCCGUGGCUAAGCCAGCUCGAUUGGUCAGGGCAAGAGAUCAAAAUGGUUAAAGGGAAGAAGAAGGACGACCCGCCUAGGCCAGCUGCCCGACAGAAGAAGCCAGGAAUGCCCAAGUGGUACAAAGAUCUGUUUGCCAAGAGUGACGGCCCCAUGACUCUAACUGUACGAACACGAAUUACGCCCAUUUUGUUGAAACUGGCUUGGGAUGGCCAUCCACUGGUCUGGUCUGACAAGCACGGGUGGACGUAUAAGGUGCCCAUGGACGAAGUAUUUGCCUACAACGACAAGGGCAUGAAACAACUGGACAUGUCAGAGGAGGAGAAUCUGAAGCUGCGAGAUGAUACUGAGAACGCAUACUUCAAGAUUCCACACAAAGAUGGGCCUCUCGCUAGGUGUGCAAAUCCGCUGGCCAAAGGCUACUUGCAAUACUUUGAGAAGGGGAAGCUAGGGUCCGAGUAUACCUACGCCAAGGAAGCGCUGGAGAUGAAUGCGUCUUGUUCAUACUGGAUCAGUGCAAGAGACAGGAUCAUGUCCCAAAUGGUUGUGUACGACAAGGACGUACCGAAAAAAUCAAAAGUGUCAAAGGCACCGAAGCUCACAUCAGCCUCGACUGCUCCUAAGGGGAAGAAGGUCGGCUUCAUCUUACCACAGAUCAUUCCAAUGGGAACCAUUACCCGACGAUCAGUCGAGAACACUUGGCUGACGGCUAGCAAUGCCAAGAAGAAUCGCGUGGGCUCUGAAUUAAAGUCCAUGGUGCGCGCUCCGAAAGGGUACUGCUUUGUCGGCGCAGAUGUCGACUCUCAAGAAUUGUGGAUUGCUAGUUUGAUCGGCGACGCCACAUUCCAGCUUCACGGUGGUAAUGCUGUGGGCUUCAUGACGCUCGAGGGCACCAAGGCGGCAGGAACCGACUUGCAUUCCCGGACAGCUGCCAUCCUGGGCAUUUCCAGAAAUGAUGCCAAAGUCUUCAACUAUGGCCGUAUCUACGGUGCGGGUCUGAAGUUUGCGUCGACACUCCUGCGACAAUUCAACCCUUCAUUGACAGACGCGCAAACGACCAAGACUGCAGAGGACUUGUACAAGAACACAAAGGGUAUGAAGACUAACCGCAAGCAAUUGCAUGAGCGAUCCUUCUGGCGAGGUGGUACAGAGUCAUUCGUCUUCAACAAGCUCGAAGAUUUCGCCGAACAAGAGCGACCGCGAACACCGGUGUUAGGCGCCGCCAUCACUGAAGCCUUGCAGCGACGUUAUCUUAGCAAGGGUGGCUUCAUGACCUCGCGCAUCAACUGGGCCAUUCAAUCUUCGGGCGUCGACUAUCUCCACCUUCUCAUCGUCUCCAUGGACUACCUCACUCGCCGAUUCAAUCUUGAUUGCCGCCUUUCCAUCACCGUACACGACGAAAUCCGAUACCUAGUCAAAGAAGAAGACAAAUACAAAGCAGCCAUGGCUCUCCAAAUCGCAAACGUCUGGACGCGAGCCAUGUUCUCCCAACAAAUGGGUAUCAACGAGCUGCCCCAAUCCUGCGCCUACUUCUCCGCCGUCGACAUCGACCACGUCCUGCGCAAGGAAGUAGACAUGGACUGUAUUACUCCCAGCAACAAAGACGCCAUACCUCACGGAGAAAGCCUAGACAUUAUGGCCCUCCUCGACAAAGGCCGUGCCGCCCGCCUCGACCCAAAAAUCAAACCCAAAUCAUCCCCAUCUCCCGACACAUACACCGCCGCAUACCGACCCCGCAUACCUAUCAUGACCACACUCUCUGGUUCCGACAUCACCUCCCCCACCGCCCUCGCCUACCUCAAAGCCCAAAUCACCUCUGACGAUCAGGAACUCGCCCGCAUCCUCAAACCGCUGCGUGCGCCACCCAAACCAAAAACCAAGGCUGCGCAGGAGAAGGAAGCCAGAGAGGACAAGCAAAGGGAGACAGAUCAUGCGCUGCAACAUUAUAAGGCGAUGGAGUGGGAUCAGUCGUCGAGGAGUCAGAUUACUCGCUCAGAGGACAUGUGGCAGGAUCUUUAUGCACGGAGUGGGAAGGACGGGGGCAGGGCGCAGUACUGGCAGACUGGCAUUCCGCAUCGGUUAAGUGUGACUCCCAAGGCUGCGAGGGUGUAG